GCACUGCCAUCAGCGACGCUCAGACCUCCUCAUUAAAUUUCAAGUACCAUUUACUUCGAAAAGUAUUUUCGAAUAUUUUGGAUGUGUUAGUCAUGAUUAACGAAAUGCACAGACCCUCAGUAGCAUUGUUAAUUUUAGUGAUUUUAGCUGGAUUAUCAAGUAACGCACAGGGACAAUCUGUGGUGUGCCCUGCAGUGCGUACCAGCAGUGGAUGGCUGGAUCUAUUCCCGCUACCCUGUAGAAAGCACUCAGAAUGUCGCGUGAUGAGCAAGCAACAUGUUUGCUGCAACGGUUUUUGUACUAAGGGUAUAAAAGCCACAGCAGCAAUACAAAGGUCAAUCCUGAGUAGUGUAGUCGAGCCUAGUAGUACAAGCACAAGCACGAGCACAAGCACAACAACUAGUACAAGCACUUCUACCACAACUACCACGACAACGACUACAACGACUCCGAGUACCACCAGCUCGACAACAACGACAACGACGACACCACCGCCUCCGCCUCCGCCGCCGACCACCACCACCACCACAACGGAAGCGUCGCUACCUUUCCUACAGCUGUUACCUAUACAGAUACCUGAAGCUACCACGGCGCUAGCAAAGGCCCCAGCUAAAACUGGAAAAACACAAAAGCUGGUGUGUCCGAAGAGGGGAACAGCGCCUGUCAUUCUGUUCCCGAUUCCGUGCGACAACAAUGCCCAAUGCCGCGCCAGCAGCGGGCCAGACCAAGUUUGUUGCGAUAAACGUUGCGUCAAAGGUGUGCCCGCCCCACGGCCGACGUCGGCGCCGCAGACUCACCAGCCAUUACUUGGAGUGGUACCUCGAGAAUGUCCUGCGGCACCACUGGGUGAACUCUUGUUCGAAGUGCAAUCGUGCAAGACUGAUUCAGAUUGCUGGCCUCGUAUAUGCUGUCCCGACGGCACCCGCUCCUACUGUCGGACGGCACGAGCUCGCCUUGACCUGGUGCCCAUCGCUAACCAGAUAGAUGGCCCGGUACGAAUGUUGGAGCAGUAUUUACAAUGUACACCGCCACCUCAAUACGACGUGUUCCCUCAACGCUGUAGCUCCAGCGUGGAUUGCUUCCCGAACUUGUGUUGCGCGGAGGGUGGCAAAAAACAUUGCAGGCCGCCACAAAGAAGUCUUCUUGCAUUGCUGGCCGGAGUUACGCAGAGAGUUGGUUCAACAAUAGUAAACUUCCGACAAUCUCAAGCGAAUGCGAAUACUGUGUAAAUACUUGUUAGAUACCAUAGUUAUAUCUGUAAUUGUAUAGUUUUGAAGUUUUUUUUUACUUUUGUACAGAUUUUUUAAUACUUGU